GGAAAUGAGUGCUUCGGGCCUGUGGACCGUGGUGGGAGGCGCUGAAAGGGGUGGCAUCAUUGUCCGCGCGGAACGAGGCUUGGACUCUUCGGUGGCGGCCCAACGCUUAGCCACGGGAGCGAAGGUGAAGGGCCUGGAGUGUUUCGAGGGCCGCAUGCGUUACGAGCUCCUCGAGGGCGAGGGCCCGUCACAGGGAUGGGUGACCGUCUCUCUCAAGGACAAGGACUUGCUGGUCAGACUCCAGGAAGUGAAGGGGGAGAAGGAGGCAGACUCCAGCGAGGAUUCCACAAGUGACGGUGACAGUCAGAAUGCACCGUAUGUGACCAGUGGCGACAGCGACAGGGAGAGCCCAAAGAAUGGCCUAUUGAGUGACAAGAUCAGCAAGGACGAGAAGGAAGCAUUGCGCCUUUAUAAUGCCAAAUUCGGGGAGUCGCGCGAUGGGUCGCGCCAAAGCUACAACCGCAAGGCCUUUCCCUGGUACCAGCCGCAGCAGGUUGCCAAGGAGACGUCCGACGAAGUAAUUCAGGCGACGGAGGCGUUCAAGCAGAAGCGGAAGGGCGCUUUUCGCAGAGAACGUCUUUGGGACGUGAACUCAGACGGUGAGGAAGUCACCCUGUGCUCCCGAUGUUAUAUGCCAAUCGGCGAGAUGGCUUACGAGGGAGAGACGAAGAAUACUUGCGUGCAUCCAGAGUGCAUGGCCGCGGUGGUCAUUGAGGACAUGCAGGAACAGGAGACGAAGUUCUUGGCAGAGGAGAAUGAGAAGAAGUUGAAGAAUCGCAAAGAGUAUGAUAUCGGAUGGCGCAUGGACAGUGUGCCCAAGAGCGGGACUAUUGCAGAGCGCCUGGGCUACAGCCCGGCGCCACAGGGGCUCGCCAGCCUCGUUUGGGACGAGGCGGCGAAGACUGUUCGUGUAGCCUCCACCCUUGAGCCAGCGGCGGCGGUCAACUUGGAGUACUUGGUGCUGGCGCUGAAGGUGAGACGGCAAGGUCGGCGCGAGCCCUUGUUCUCACUGGACCCGGUUGACCCUCAGAACAUGGAGAAGACACCUCAGAAGAAAGUGUUCGAGCCGGACUGGCUUGCUGGAACCAGCGUCGGCAAUGUGAUGUUCCAGGCUGACUACUUUCUGAAGGAGCUCGCCUUAGGCGAGUACACGAUGCCCAUUGUGGGCAUGAUGAGCGUCUUCGACUGGUCCGAAGUACUGGAGAUGCACCACCAAUGGACAGGUCGCGAGUGGUUCGUGGUGAAAAAGGCUGAGGUCCGUCUGGCCGAGGACAAGACGCUGGUGCCCUUCGUCAAGAUGGGCGUGGAGGCCCGAGAGCAGGUGCUGACUGCCGAAGGGCUCCGGGAUGCGCCCAUCACCGGCGCCAACCAUCCGCUCCGAAGGUUUGCAGAUGCAUUCACUCGCAACUUCGACCUCAUUGCGGAGAGGAAGAGUGUGGUGUACCACUUGCGCGAGCUGGCCAAGGCCUCCGUCGUCGCGAAGUUUCUGGUGGACUCCGGUGCCAAGUUGGACCAGUGUUGGCUUGACCUGGCCGACGAGAUUGUCGAGAAUAAGGUGCCGGAGGCCUUCCCUGAGAUUCCGCAGCUCUGGAACAUGCGGGGCCUCUCGCGCAUCCGCCUGGAGAAUGGCAAGGUCGUGGACACCGAAACCGGCUUAGUCACGAAUCUGCACGCCAUCUACGGUGGCGUGGAGUUUGGCUUGGAUCGCUUCGAACUGGCUCAGCGCCGGCCGGGCAUCCCGGUGCCAGGAAUGGCUAUGCAGCAGUCUCCGCUGCAAGGCAUGCAGCUGGGUCCUUCCGGGCGGCCCAUGUUCAUGCCGCAGCGAUUCCAGCUGAGCCAGCGGGGGGAGAUGCCACAGGGUGUGGACUUGAAUUUGGACCAAUUCAACCUGACGGAAGUGGAGCAGUUUGCUGGUACCCUCCCUGCCUGCAGCGGUGACGCGAAGUCCCUGGAAGCACGGGUAACAUUGGGUCGGGCCUUCUUGGAAAGCCUGCGAUCUGGCUUUGGCAAGGACGUGGCGAAUGACAACAAAGAGCUUUUGAAGGGAAUCUUCAACCCUGCACUGGCAGACAGGAUGGAGGAGGGGGAUUCUUUCGUUCCUCCUGACCCCAACAAUUCUUACAUCUCCAAGGUCCGGGGCCUUGUAAGCGAAGAGCAGGCACUCUUGAAGAAGCGGAAGGGCGCCUUCUGUGAUCGCUCCUUUGCUCCCGGGAGCUGCGGGCCCGAGUUCCCACGGUCCUGGACUGCCCGGUUCACCAUGGAGAACGGCGUGUCGCCUGCGGUGAUGAUGAAGCUGCGGUCUGCCAUGGUCCAGCUGCAGGUGGACGCCACCUUCCAGCAGACACUUAUCAACGAUGUCUUGCCGGUUGCAGCCCCUGAGUUCAACAAGGCCACCGAGGAUGGGGUCGUCUUCCGCAUCUACCGGAUCGGUAGCUUGGAGGUCCGAACAGUCCAGGAGCCCGGAAGCUCUGAGUCCGUGGCCGUGGUUUUCUCCACCCGUGCACCGAGCUGGGGACAUGCACAGCGGAAGGCCGUGAAAGAGGCGCACGGGCCUGAAAAGGUGGUACGCGGCCGCCUUUAUCUCGAGGCCUUGGAUGCCGAGUCAGCUAGACGACUCGACAUGCGCUGGUCUAGCAAGAGGUCGGACUACUGUCACUAUUAUGUCGUGCUGGAGACCGAAGGCAACAACACCAUAGUGACGGAGAAGCUGGCCGAUGGAAGUACACUGAUGUUCAUGAACCCGGAUGGUCUCGAGGAUCGCAACUCGAUGGCCAAACUCCUGUCCACGUCAGAAGACUGCAGGGAGAUGAACGUUGACGUGGCCAGGAUCAGGCAGUUGCAGAUUACCGGCAAUCGAAAGCUGCCGGAGGGCGCGUGCCCAUCCAUGCGCAAGCACUAUGCUCGCUCAGUUUUCGCUUUGGUGAAGCAGAAGGCUGAUGUGCCGAAGCAAUUUUCUCUGACAGCUCAGUGA